AUGGAAGCGGCAGUGUUCAUUCUGUCACUUGUCGACUGCUGUGCACUGAUUUUCCUUUCGGUCUAUUUUAUUAUCACUCUAUCGGAUUUAGAAUGUGAUUACAUCAAUGCCAGAGCCUGCUGUUCCAAACUGAACAAAUGGGUCAUUCCAGAGAUGAUUGGUCAGUGUCUUUCCACGAUGCUGAUGUUGGUCUCCAUGCACUGGUUUAUUUUCCUGCUCAACCUGCCAGUAGCAGCUUGGAAUAUUUACAGGUAUGCCAAGGUCCCAAUGGGCAACAUGGGGGUGUUUGACCCCACUGAGAUCCACAACCGGGGUCAGCUCAAGUCCCACAUGAAGGAGGCCAUGAUUAAACUGGGCUACCACCUGCUCUGCUUCUUCAUUUACUUGUACAGCAUGAUCCUGGCUCUGAUCAACGACUGAAACGCCCGGAGAGCUCUUCUCUCACCCCAGCUGCCAAAUUUAGACUCCUACAAACUCCUGGAUUUGCUGGUUUUUCUUUUUUUUCCACUUUCAUCCUGAACUGUAUGUAUAAAACCUUUCAAAACAGCAGUGCUGAGCAGAGUUCACAUGUUCACCUGUGUUGUCACAAAGCUAAAACUGAUCUUAACCCUGUUCGCAGCUAGUGCUAACAUCCAACAUCCAACCCUGCUAGAAAUUAAUGUGAAUUUUCAAAGAGAUAAAUACAAUAAUCUGAUCUUAUUAGUUUCUUAGCUAUUUAGACAAUGAGCAAUGUUUUGGAAAGCUUAUCAGGUCAAUUGUUAAAAGGUACAGAUGAUAACAUUCAUGUUGAGUGGAAAUCACUACACAUGCACCUCAUGAUUUAUAUAAAAUCAUCACAAUAUGCAACAUAUUCCCUUCAGGGUCUUAUUACAAAAUAGAGCUGGAACAUUUUUUUUCAAGUUAUUACAUAAUGAGGUAUUUUUUAUAUGAUAUUAAUGUUAGUACCAGCUGUGAGCAGGGCUUUAGACCUAAACUAAUAUUCACUUAAAUGCCAUUUCACAAAAUAAGAAAUCUAAAAAAACAAAACUUCAUUAAGGUGACUUGAAGAGUAACUGAACAACACAAAGCUGUAAACACACUAAGUAAUGAUCACAUCCUGGGGUACAAUAAAUACUGAGAUGUUAAACCCCUGUAGGUCUUCAGAGAGAGGCCUUUAGGAGUUGUGAAGAUAUGUUGUUUUUAAUCUUUGCCUGAAAGAAUAAGAUUAAAUAUUUUUUGCAUUCAGAUGUUUACAAGACUAUAUGAGUAGUUUUAUUGUAAAUGCCAUGUGCCUGCAGCUUCUAUAUCACUGUAAAUGUGAGUGAGAGUCUUAAAUUUUCCUUCAUUUUGGAGAUUGAACAGUGCAAAAACAGCCCUGUUAUGGGUGCGUUGAGUCCCAGUGUAAGAGAGUUUUACAGCCAAAUCACAAACAGUUCGUUAAAAAUUAUAAGUGUUCUUCAAGGCUGAGCAGUGGCUUUCUAUGUUGGUAUGACACCAGACAAAAGACAAUGGCUGUAUGUUUUAGGAAAUGACUAAGAAGAUGGAAGAGGACUGGUGUAAUUUGGAUUAAACAUGAAAAAUCGGCAGUGUUUUUAAUUAAAAAGCCUUUUUGAGCCAAUGGAAAGUGCACCACGCCUUCUCACAUACAUAGAUAAUUUUGAAGAUUUGGUAAAAUAGUCUCCAAUGAAACUAAUUUGUAUGAACUGCUGGACUGUAUUUACCACCCACAUAUGUACAGUUGGCUUUUCCUAGAGUUCAAUAUGACGUUUCUCAGAUGGAAUAGAAGGCUCAGUUAUCAAACCCACUUGGUGCAGAUGUUGCCUUUUGCUGUGGUUUUUCAUCAGUUUAUUAAAUGCUGAUGUGCAGGGUUUGGUUUCUCACUUCAAGUUUCAAUAGGCCUGUUGUUUUGCUUUUCGCGUCAGGAUCUAAACUAAACGCUCUGACAUGCCCACUGGACUGUUGGUGUGUGCGUUUGUCCUGCAUCAUUAGCUCUGAUCAGCCUUACUGAAGCAGCUGUUCAGCCUAUUCAGCACGUCGAGGCUGUGUUCGACGCAGCGAGUGAGUGUUGGCCUGUCUAACCUGCAGUUCUUUGCCUUUUUCUUCUUCCACAUCAGCCCAUCACGGUAUAGACAUGCACGGCAGCUGCCUGUUUACUCGUUUAGUUUAACUUUUGCAAAAGAUUGUAAGGCCCUACUUGUUUAAAGACAUUUUUUAAUUAAAUCUUUGGUUUAUGAUGUGAUGUUGAUAUUUGUUGCGUUUACAUGGAUUCCAAUAGUCCACCUCAAUCAGAAGACACAGGUCUCAUUUGAAGGAAUUUUAAUCAAAUUCAGAGGGUUGAUCUGCCCAAUAGCAACAUAUUAGUAGCUAAUAACCAUAAACCCUUAGUCUGGUUGUAAUAAAUGUAUUCUUUCCAUUUAUCCCACAUGAGGGCAAUAUUAGGUUAGAUUUUUUGGCAAAAAUCAAUCCAAAUUAAAGUGAAAUCAAUGCGGAGACAUCAAAACUAAUUAAAUGAACUUAUUUUAAUGCCUUGUCCCUAUUUACCCCCUCUAAAAAUUAUUGUUUUAAAGCCAUUAGAUUUAAUUUUGAUAUUGCUUUUCCAAAUUUGUGUGCACAGGUAUGUAAAAAAAAAUAUAUGUUGGAAAUUAGGACUUUUCUUCCCCAAAACUAGGGUUUAUUUGAUUUUCCGUUAUCUUUUGUGCUGUUUUCCCUUUCGCAUUUACCCCUCAUAUGGUUGUGGUAUCUGCAGGUUCUUCAAGAAUAUUUAAUAUUUUCAUCAAAAAUGCAUAAUUUUGGAGCCUUUUAUUAUAAGAAAUGCAGGGGUUUCCGUACGGUUUUAAGGCUUAGGUGCUGCAAUCUAGGCACCACCUAAACCAAAUGAAUGUAAAACCAAUGUGGAUGUAGUUGUAGUAAUCCAUUUGAUAGAGAAUUAGAUAAUCGCUGCUGAAAAACAUGACAUUUUGCCGGUAGAACUACUGUGUGCACGUCAAAUCAAACUGAUCUGGUUAAAUAUUUUGUUUGUGCAUCUAUGUAUAUAAGUAAAGAUUGCGCAGCAUUUAUUUCUCCAGUCAUAUGUUCACUUCUGUCUUCUAAGAGAGCGUGGUAUGAUGGAUUGAGAAAAUCAUAUGGAUUGAUAUCUGUAUAAACUAACAGUACACUAACUUUUAAAUCAUAAUUACAAUCCUUGGUUUUAUUUUCAAACUUGCUUUCACAUCCUUCAGAUGAGAUUUCUCUUGUGAGGUCUCAGGGCACUUUGUUUCUGAGACCGUGAAAGGCCUCAAAGUCAAAGAAUCAGAUUACGUAUUUGAGAUGGGUGACUUUUGAGAAAUGGGUCCGAAUUGAUCUGCUAGCCUCCUAAAGGGGCGGGACAGUGGAUGUGGAGAAACCAUGUGACACUGAAACAGGAAUUGACUUUGUGUUUGUUUGGAAUCUCUUGAAGGAGUUUUGUCCAUGUUAACGCAGCUGUUGUGACAACCCAGGUGAUAGUCACAUCCCUCCGCCUGUUCUGAGACGUCUUAUACAUACAGUCCACAUCCUCUCAGACUCCAACGCAGACCGUCAUCCCAGUCUGUUCAGAUCAUUACAUGUAUCACACGAGUUACUAAAUGCGAUCUAUCGGGGGGGCAGUGAUGGUGCUCGGCAGACAGUUUGACAAUCUCAGCGAAAUGUGUGUUUCCGGUCUGAUGUAUUUUACUCAGAAGAACCGAUCAGUUAAUUUAAGUAUGAGUGGCAGCAGUUUGGAUGUGUAUGGACUGUUGCAUGACCUUUGACACUGAACACAGACUGUAUGUGACAUUCCUCUCAUCAGCAGGCGUCUCGGCCUUAAACCGCGACGACGUGCACUCCUCCUCAUUCAGCUGAAUCCAGAGACCAAUCCUGGUUUUCAGUAAAUACACACAGCCCUGUAUUAUCACAAUGUGAACUCCAUGCUCAUAUCUCUAUUCUCUUCGGCGUGAUUAAACUGUCUGAUACAGUAUUAAGUUUGUUUUAUUUUGGACAUGUGGAAGUUUCAUAAAUAAAACUCAAAAGUCAAGGUA